UGUUUUUCUCCCAGAGGGAGUGUAUCUCAGUACACAUUGGCCAAGCGGGUGUCCAGAUCGGUAACUCCUGUUGGGAGUUGUACUGUUUGGAACACGGUAUCAAUCCGGAUGGAACCGUUAUUGUUGAGGGCACCUCACUGGAAGAUUCUUCUUUUGGCACCUUCUUCAGUGAAACUGGUGCUGGGAAGUAUGUUCCUCGAGCUGUGUUCAUCGAUCUUGAGCCCACUGUUGUUGGUAAGUCCUUCUGUCAAUAUGUUCUCUUGUGUGACAUUGUUAAACCACUGAGAUCAAGCUUUUUUUUUCAUGGUGACUGUUUAUUUGUAGAUGAGAUCCGUAACGGGAGCUAUCAAAAACUUUACCAUCCUGAGCAGCUUAUCAGUGGGAAAGAGGAUGCUGCUAAUAAUUACGCCCGUGGUCAUUAUACUGUCGGUAAAGAGAUUAUAGACUCUGUGGUUGACCGCAUGCGAAAAAUGGCGGACCAGUGCACUGGUCUUCAGGGCUUUUUGAUCUUCCAUAGUUUUGGUGGAGGAACAGGCUCUGGUUUCACAUCUCUACUGAUGGAAAGGCUGUCUGUAGAUUAUGGUAAAAAGUCCAAACUGCAGUUCUCCGUCUAUCCUGCCCCGCAGGUCAGCACCGCUGUGGUGGAGCCUUACAACUCCAUCCUCACGACGCACACGACCCUCGAGCACUCCGACUGUUCCUUCAUGGUGGAUAAUGAAGCCAUCUUUGACAUCUGCAAGCGAAACCUCGAUAUCGACUGUCCCUCCUACACCAACCUAAACCGGCUCAUCGCCCAGAUCGUGUCCUCCAUUACAGCAUCUCUGCGCUUUGACGGGGCCCUCAACGUGGACCUCACGGAGUUCCAGACUAACCUGGUUCCGUACCCUCGCAUCCAUUUCCCGCUGGUAACCUACUCUCCCAUCAUCUCUGUGGAGAGGGCGUACCACGAGCAGCUUUCCGUGCCGGAGAUCACCAACGCCUGCUUUGAGCCUGCAAACCAGAUGGUGAAGUGUGACCCUCGCCGAGGCAAAUACAUGGCCUGCUGUUUGCUUUACCGUGGUGAUGUUGUUCCAAAGGACGUUAACACUGCCAUAGCCAACAUUAAGACGCGAAGAUCCAUCCAGUUUGUAGAUUGGUGUCCCACGGGCUUUAAAGUCGGCAUUAAUUACCAGCCGCCCACUGUUGUUCCUGGAGGAGAUCUGGCCAAGGUGCAGAGAGCCGUAUGUAUGCUGAGCAACACCACGGCCAUUGCUGAAGCGUGGAGCCGUCUGGAUCAUAAGUUUGACCUGAUGUAUGCGAAGAGGGCUUUUGUGCACUGGUAUGUGGGCGAAGGAAUGGAAGAAGGAGAGUUCUCCGAGGCACGGGAGGACAUGGCUGCACUGGAGAAGGAUUACGAGGAGGUUGGUGCCGAUUCUGCUGAAGAUGAUGUUGAGGAUGAGGAAGAGUAUUAA